UUAUUCUUUGUUCAAUUUCAGUGUAGAUUGUGAUAAGUAUGCUUUGUUAAGCACCGAUUUUGAAUAUGAAGACGAUCGAUUGGGGAAUCGUACAAAUACCACUUUUGCGACAUUAUCGAGUAUGUUUCUGUCUGAAACGAGAACUGAAGGCAGCUGUAGGCGGGACUGGAUGGAAACUUUUCCUGCAGAGUGCUUUGCGUGUAUUACUUCUUUCAAUGUGGGGAAUGACGAAAAUAGACUAUGAUCUACCACAAACAGAGCAAAAGAUCAUUGGAAUUUAUGUUGAGCUUGCAAUAUUAUCGCUUCAAGUUGUGGACGGUCUGGCUGCCAUUUUAAGCCCGUGGUUUGAAAAUCUUUAUUUGAUUUAUCCAAGUCUUGUGGUGAUACCGGUUUGCUUUUUAGUUGAUUUUCUCGUCAAAGCUACCUGCUACGGUCAACUGUUUCUAUAUCCACAUGUGACAGCUUUCGGCGUUUUCUCCUUGAUUGAGUUCUGGGUUCGAUAUCUGGGUUUGAUGUACUGCUGGGUCGCGUUGGUCUCUUUCGUUUACAUGUCCCAGGGAAAGAAAAAUCCGUUUGAGAGUGAAGAGAAAAGCGUCGCAGGCGGCACAGCCAGUCGUGCGUCAUCAUUUCGGUCACCAUUCAGCAGGACAUCGACCUUAUCCGUGCGUGGACGUCGUUCGUUCCUUUUGCGCGCGAAAUCGAACAAACCGAAUGACGUUCUAGUAGACGACGGCGGUCGUUCAACUUUAUUACGAAACUCAUUUACUUCAAGCGAAAAUUCCAGCGAGCAAAAACGCGCUGAGGUACAGGGCACGAACCCAAUCGUCCGUCUCAAUUCACAAGACCGACCGUCGUCUUUACGUAGCAGCGGGACGAAAGCAAAAUCUGUUUCAAUUGAUCAAAGUUCAUUUCACCGGCCUUCCGAUACAGAAGAGGUGGUAGCACCGCCACGUUAUAAAAGAAAAGGUGGUUUUGUUCCACCGUUGCUGCGAGAACAGCAACCCCAAGAGAACGAAAUUUUAAAAGAGAGUUUAAAUGACAACAUGUCAAUACAGAAGCCUCCAUCACUGCCAGCACAACCACCAGUUGGUAUCAUUAAAAUUUCUAUUAAAAAGGUUAAGAAAUCAUCACAAGAGAAUAAAGAAGAAGACUGGAAACAAUACAAAACACAAGAGUCCUUUAUUGUAUGAACUAUCCCUGUGAAUAUGUUUUUGUGUGUCGUUCAUAUGCAGUAUUACACAUGCUAGUAGAAUUUGUA